CCUGUGCUGUGUAAUGGAGUCUCAGUUGGUGAGCGGCCAUUGACGGAGUAGGAAGCCCUGUUGUGAGGGGAGUAAAACAGCCCGUGCCGGACACCUCUGAAGUGUGUCCCGCCACGCUCAUAGCCUUCGUCGAUUUUUUUUAUUGAUUUUUGCUUGGUUUUCCGCCGCUCCGGUGAAAGUUUCUUUGUGCGUGAGACGUUCGGAGAUUGGCCCGGGAAAAUGGAGAUGAAGAAGCGCAUCAGCUUGGAGUUGAGGAACAGGAGCCCGGCUGAGGUGGCCGAAUUGGUUUUAGACAAUUGUCGGUCUGUCGAUGGAGAAAUUGAAGGUUUGAAUGACAGCUACAAAGAGCUGGAGUUCCUCAGCAUGGCCAACGUAGAGUUGAAAUCCUUGUCAAAGCUUCCAAAGUUACCUAAACUCCGAAAACUGGAGCUUAGUGACAACAGUAUCUCAGGAGGGCUGGAUGUGUUGACCGAGAGGUGUCCAAACAUAACUUACCUCAACCUGAGUGGUAACAAGAUUAAAGACCUGAGCACAGUGGAGGCACUUGCCAGUUUAAAAAAUCUAAAGAGCUUGGACCUGUUUAACUGUGAGAUUACAAACCUAGAAGAUUACAGAGAAAACAUCUUUCAGCGACUUUCCCAAAUUACAUACCUGGAUGGGUUUGACCAGGAGGAUAACGAAGCUCCAGACUCCGAAGAAGAUGAUGAUGAUGAUGAUUACGAUGAUGAUGAAGAGCCAGGACCUCGGCGUUAUGAGGCAGAGGAAGAUGAGGAAGACGAAGAAAGUGCCUCAGAUUUAGGAGAGGAAGAAGAGGAGGAAGAAGAAGUUGGGCUGUCUUAUUUGAUGAAAGAGGAGAUUCGUGAUGAGGAGGAUGAUGAUGACUAUGUUGAAGAUGGUGCAGAAGGAGAGGAAGAGGAGGAGGAAGAUGUAGAAGAAGAUGAAGCAGCAGCAGCUGAUCAGGGAGAGAAAAGGAAACGGGACCCCGAGGAUGAAGGAGAUGAGGAUGAGGAUUGAAGCCAUUGUUUGUGGAGGCUAGGACCAGUCUCUCUUUCUGAGCCCUUGGGUUAAUGCUAGAAUAAUGCAGAUCUGUAUGUCUCUACAUGUACAAUAGAUAUCCCUACAGAAUUUAACUUGUAACCUUUUUAUAGGAAAAGUGUGAUUUUACAAUUUGUGUGCCCUUUUUAUCAUUCCAAAUAAGACGUAAGAUCCUCUUAGUUUCCUUUCUGACCCCCUUGUAAUACCUUGUGUCCAGAGGGGCUUAACCACAUUUUCGGGUCCUUUUUAUGGGGUGGGGGAGUCAUUAGUGUCCAGACAUGAAAUGUUUCUCUGCUUCUUGGGUCUUCUGGAGCAGAACGAAGAAUGCUUUAUGGCAUUGUCGAUUGGCAUUUGUGCUUUAACUUAUCUGCCUGUCCUUUAAAGAAGCCGUUCAGUUAUCAUUAACUUAGUAUCAUGUAGGCAGUGAUAUUCUAAGAGCCAUUUUUUUUUUCUGCAGUUGCAUUUAAACUGCCUGGUUGCUAGUGUUCUGCUUACCUUAGCAACCUGCUGUGUGCAUGAUACUUAAGUUAAUUUAAAGGUAAACAACCCUGUUUAACCACACAUUGGUUCAUAUUGAGAGUGGUUUGCUUGACAUUGUAAUCCUGCUGAGCUGCUGCUUUGAACUCUUAUUUCUACUUCAUAUUGUGCUAGGGCCCGACCACUUGGCAUUUCCCCCGGUGAAGAGGAAGACUCGUUACCGUUUUCCCUGUGUUCGGGAAAUCUCCUGGUAACCGCUAAGGUUCAGUUAUGUGUUUAAAGUGAUUAAAUGGGACUUGCUGAAA